AUGUCGAAUGUCGAUUUAUCAAGCGACGGCUUCAUUGGCCUGGACUACGACUCGAGGAAUUACCUCCAAGCUCACUCAUGGCCCGUGGCGGUGGACCAUCAGGCCUCUCAGCGAUCGGAUGGAGCGCGAGACAUCUCGCCCUUGCAAACCAGCGGUCACGCUUACGAUCAAUCGGUAGCUCAGGAUCCUAAUCUGAUGGUCGACUGGCACUUCCAGCACUUGCAACCCCACCUUCAGUACUCCCAUGAGGAGGCCUCCUCCGCUCCCCAGCAGUUCACCACCGCCGCUAGCUAUGGCAUGUCUAUCCACUCUUCCCCCGUGGAUCUCAUGUCUGGAGCCCACGGCCACAUGAGCACGAGCCUGCUCGAUGGCUCUUAUUUGCCCCUCUCUGCGCCGGUCGACAUGGUUCCAUUCCCUUACCAUGACCUCCAGGCCGACCUCAUGGCUUUCCCUCCAGCCGCCGAUGGCUUACCAGAUCUGUCCGCCUACAGCGCACCGCAGAAUGUUCUGGAGAGCAGCUCACCCACCGACACCUACCUGGAGGUCCGUUCUCUGUCCAGUAGCGACAAUGGCUGGAGCACCAUUGAGCCCCGCCGCUCCCAUGAAUUCUCCUACCCGGACCAGGGCAUCUUUAUCAAUCCCACCCAGACCCUCCACGACCGGUCUCUGUCCGAGUCGUCCUAUUCCACCUCAUACGGCAGCUUCGUGGAGAUUACGAAUCCCAUCAAUUCGCCCAGCUCUGACACCAACUUCGACACUGCUUUCAACCACAGCAUGACUCGUCGGGUCUCUUAUGACCAUACCUCGCAUGGUUCGCAGUCCCCGACUGCGGUUAGCCCCGUGGCCAUUGUACGACCCAUUCCGGUGCCUUCCAAGAAGGCGUCGACCCCGCCUACUCGGUCUGCAGCAUCAACUUCAUCGGCUUCCCCUCCUAGCCGGAAGCCGUCCCGUAAGAGCCCGAUUGCUGCCAAGACAGCCGAGACCAAGGUCCGUAAGCAGUCGCAAAAUGGAAAGCCAGAGACCGAGAAGCGUGUUGGCAAGCGUAAGGGGCCGCUCAAGCCGGACCAACGGAAACAAGCCAGCGAGAUCCGCAAGCUGCGCGCGUGCCUGCGUUGCAAGUUCUUGAAGAAAACUUGCGAUAAAGGAGAACCCUGCGCGGGCUGUCAACCCUCGCAUGCGCGGUUGUGGCAGGUUCCCUGCACGCGCAUUGACAUCAAAGAGAUCGGCUAUUUCAUGAAGGACUGGAAGGCGGACUACGAUCGUCACGUCAAUUAUGAUUUCACGGUCGGAAACAUCAAGGGGUUCUCGGAUCUGGAGACGACUCUCUUCAUCACUCAUGGCUACGGUCAGGUUCUUCCCAUCAAUGCCCGCGAGGUCUACGUACACGACGAUCAGUGCUUCAAGGUCGACUGGGUCGAGUCUAUGCACCGGGAACCGACGCCAUACGAGGUGGAAACGGCCAGGCUCUCCGCUGGAAUGGAAGGCAUUUCGCACGCUAUGCUCUCGGAUUAUCUGGAUCGCCACAUUGACGGCAACGGAACGUUUGAGAAGUUUGUGGAUGACUACUUCGAAGGCACACCUUUCCUGACGCAGAUGCUGAAGACGGCCUUCCGGUAUUACUACCGCACGAAGUUGCCCGUGAUUCGCAAGGCGUUGAAGCUCAUCAUUGCCUACAACCUGACGCUUCACGUUACCAUGGUGGAGGGUAUUGGCGAGGAGGAGCAGUUCAAGGGAAAGAUCAACGACAAGUCGUCCAAGUUCAGUGGCAAGACGAUAGCGCCUGUGAUGGUCAACUUCCAGGUCAAGUGUGCCAUGGCGAACAUGUGGCGAGAGUUGCAGAAAGAUGUGCUGGAAGAGCUCUCUAGCCUCUACUCUAGUGUCUACAGUGGAGAGAAGCUCAAGAACUGGCCGACAAUUUUCAUUCUGGCUUCGAUACUUUUGGCCGUGUGGGAGGAGAUGCAGUUUGACUGCCAUUAUCGGACUCCGGAUGCUGCCGCUGUUGAGAAGUUCUGCAACGAUAUGGAGACCACGCCGGUGGGAGUCAUCGUCGGUCUGUUCCAGGCGAUUUCACAAAAGCUGCCUGCGUUUACGGACUGGGAGACGACCAAACACCACCACCUGCUGCACUCGAAUCCCGAUGUCUGCAACACAAUGACCGAGGUCCGCCAACAUGUUACGCAAUUUGAGAGCUAUCUUCGGGGCCGCUCUGGUUCCAAGUUCAACCGCAAUGACUUCGACUGUUUAUCCAACAAAUUUGUUUCCCGACUUGUGAUUCGCGCAAACUAA